UGGUCACAACACCAUACCUUUAUCUUUUCUGCAACAUGGACUGGUAAAAUAUUCCAUUAUACCAUCGUCAUCAUCCUCUCUUCCUAAAUCCCCAACCAAAUUAUUAAUUUCUUCAUAUUUCAUCACAUAGGCCAUAGCUUAGGGUUUCCCCUUCAAGAAUGGGCUGAGACAGUAGCAGAUUCAGUUUCUUGAGCACCCAUGAGAUGAUGUCAAAACAGUUCGUCAUUGUUCAAGCAUGAAUUCCAAUUCUAAAGAGGUGCGAGUGAAGCAAGAAGGUGCGGCGAGACCACAGUGGUCAUCAAUCCACAAAAACCCCCGAAUAGUGCGCGUUUCGCGCACCUUUGGAGGCAAAGACCGCCACAGCAAAGUGUGCACGGUGAGGGGGCUAAGAGACCGCAGAAUCCGCCUUUCCAUCCCCACGGCAGUCCAGCUCUACGAGCUCCAAGAAAAGCUCGGCCUGAGCCAGCCCAGCAAGGUCGUCGACUGGCUCAUCGACGUCACCAAAUCCGACAUCGAUAAACUCCCCCCUCUCCCCACCAUCCCAGGAAUCUUCCCUAACCCUAAUCAAGAUUCAUCGUCUCAACCAUCCCUCUCCCAAUUACUCUCCUCCAAGAUCGAUGAUGAGAGAGGAAAGGAGAGGGAGAAAUGGAUUGAGCAAGAGAAUCAUGAGGAGGGUUUUGGGGGAUUUGUGGCACAGAAUCUUUUCCCAUUACCAAAUGCUAUUAAUCACCAAUCCCAUUUCCCUAAUUUUAAUCACAACCCUUAUUUCCAUUGGGAUCAGCCCAAUUUGUCCUUGUCUCCAUUUGGACCUAAUUACAUUAGUCCAUUGCCUAAUCAAGGAUAUGAUCAAUCAAUGAAUAACAAUCCUUCAAAUUCUCAUCUCUUCUUCUGCCCUACUGCACCUUUUGUUCCUUCCUACUUGGCUCCUUCAAUGGAGAAUGUGCAGCAGAAUCUCGGGUUCUCGGCGGCUCUCCAACUCAUGAGCUCCCCGAUGAGGCCCUUCGCUUUCAAACCGGCCCACCAGGAUGGUGCCGGGAGAUCGGAGAUGAAGGAGGACUGAUAGCUAUACAAAUGGCAUAUACAGUAAGAGAUAUGAUUCUUCUGUCUCUUUAUAUGUUUUCUUAUAAUUUUUGCACCAGAGAUACUAUACAUUUAUACUUGAAAUCAAUGUGUGAUUAAAUAUUAUACUGUACUUGCAUAAAGACACAUUUGUCAGGGUUUAGUUUUGCUUGAUGUAAUCAAUAAUUGAGGUUGGUCAUGAGAUGAAAUUGCAACUUUUUUUAUUA